AUGGCAUUUCAACUGCCCAGGUUUUUUGCGCUGAAAUCAAAAAAGAAUGAGAAACACUUGCAAUACAUACACCAAGACAUCAAGAAGCUGCAUGGGUUUCUCCAAUUCUCCGGAGAUAACGUUGUGAGCCCAUACGCACAGUUCCAAAUGGUGGCCGCAACCAGCUGCAACCGUCGUCUAGUACACAUAAGAUCCUGCUACAACAACAAAUACUUGGUAAGGGAGGACAAAGACCAUUGGUGGAUUGUGGCCAGGGCUGACGAACCACAGGAAGAUCAAUCCCUUUGGUCGUGUACUCUCUACGAGCCUCAACUUGUCCAACCCCAAGCUGACAACAACGGCAGCAUCCCCCUAAUCCGAUUGCGCCACGUACAACUCGGUCACUACUUAAAGCUAUUAUCUGCAAACGACUUCCAGGCAUGCCUCUUUGCACACCAAGCAACGCCAGACACCCAAAAAUUUGAUGUCUUCACAGUCAAAGAGCUUGUUCUGUCCCGGACCAUCUCUGAUCUCAACUUCCGCCUCGCCCAUGCCAGGAUCUAUAAUCACAACAUCGACCUCCUUGUGGCCACCGGAGAAGCCGAAAACUGCACCCUACAACCGGCCAAUGCACUCAUCCUGCUCUCCUACAUAGACACUAAGGAAAGCACUUGGAUUACCAGUGUCGAUAACGUUGCUUUCACGUCCCUCAUCCCAACCACCCUCACCUCUGACACUCUAUUCGCCGUAGAACACAACGACGGAGGCAUCAUCGGAGUUUUGGGUAAGUUUAACGGAGUCUACCAGUGCGGUCAAACUCACACAUCACAAACUACAAUUGAGAGUCGGUUCCCAGUUGUUGUGCCGCCGAUGAGUAAGGUGAAAGUGAGCCUUCUAGCAACAAAGGCUUCAUGCAACAUUCCCUUCUACUACUCUCAGCAAGACAAUCUUAUUAGCCCACACCCACGAACUAUUACCUACCACAAGGAAGGUGGCGUUUACACUGGUGUCAGUUUCUACAACUUCAAGCACAAGAAAGAAGAAGAACCGCUUGCGGGAUAA